CAGGGUAUCCCGCUUGGAAACGAAUGCCCAUGGUGGGGCUUUAAGGCGUUUACCAAAGUCGUACAUCCGGCGAUAUUGUUGCUGUGCUUCAAUAAAAGAUAGGAGUGAGGCUCUCGGCAGUCGUAUCCAGGACAGGGUGAAGGUCUGGCCCACGAGGAGUUGCUAGCACUAGGCUCCAUUCUGGUAUGGAAUACAAGUUUCUGGACUUGGUCAGGAAGUCUGAGUGUUGUCAAAAUCUCAUUUUAGCGGGCAGCAGACUGCUCGGUAGGUAGCAGGCGGACGCUGUGGAAGAGUCGGGGCGCAACAGAUGAGAGAAUUGGUUAGAGACUUGGCACAGGAAUUGGAGGCUGAAGGUAUCCGAUCGUGUGGUCAUGGCGAACAUCUUGUUGUAGAUGCUCAAGCCAGGAUAUUUUGGGCCGAUAAUGAUCCUGUAUUGACUAAACUCUCGCGACCGUUGAGCCCGCGAAUAUCUGUAACUUGCGGCUGUUUACCGGCAUCCACGAAGCCGAUAAUAUGUGUGAGGAACUCUGGCGGAAAUGAUUGAGUCUGAUCAUACGUUAUGUUCGGAAUGGGGUAGUUUAGAAGUCAUGCGAGAUGAGGUGUAGCAAAAGCUACGAUUCAAACGGCAGUGAAAGGACCACGAGCGCCAUCUUGAAGGGUCGUUGGAUGUCUCGUUCACGCAUGAAGUGGCUGCCUGCUUGAACUCUCACUUCCUUCGAGUCGGAAGC